CAAGAAUACAAUGAAUCAUCAACCAGUAUAAAACCCCUCAAAUUAGAAUCUAGCUUUAUAUUCAUCAGAUGUUUUCGUAUGUGCCCGUUGUUCUCCUUGUGGCUAUCAUUGCCCGCACGCAAGCGCUCGAAUGUUACUACGGAAUUACAUCGUACUCAAUGACAAGACAGAAGUGCGCACCCACAGUGAAAUAUUGCUACACAAUGAAGCCUGACUAUGACAAAAACAUAUACCUUGGAUGUGAUGGUUUCAAUUUAUGCAAGGGAAAAGGCGGCUGCAGUAGAAACGGCAAUCUCUCGAUAUGCUGCUGUGCUUCUAAUCUUUGCAAUGCUUAACAAUAGAGAUAUCUACAAUAAUUGUACCAGUAAUCUCCAAAUUUUGGGCUUUUAUUUUGGGCAGAAUAAAUUUGUUUGCAAUGUA